AAAAAGAACAUCUUAUUAAUGUUGUAACCUAUCAUCCAACCAAGGGCCCUCUUCUUCCCUUUCCUUUUCUUUUCUUUCUUUCAUUCUACACUUCCAUUUGAUCUGCCAUUGAAAUAUAUGGUAUCAUAUUUCAAGCAUAAUUUCCCAGUUUUUAUAAACCCUAAUCACCCAUUCCCCAUGUCAAAUUUCAACCCAUAAUUAACCCAUUUAAAAGUUUCAUACUUUCCUUUCCCCCUCCAAAAACCUUGAAUUUAUCUCAACCUUGAAAAACCCAAAAACAGGGAAAAUAAAAAUAAAAAAAAAGGAAGAAAAAACCCUCAGAAUUGGAAAGAAAAAAAAAAAAGGAAGGGAAAAGCAUCAUCUUCAUUUAUUUCAGGGCUCUGCAAAUUCAUCAACAAAAAACGUUGAAAAGAUCAAUACCCGGAAUUUGUUUUCGACCAAAAACAUUAAAAAGAACUUUUGUUUUUGUUGUAAAAAUUAGAAAAAAAAUUUCAAGGGAAAUGCCAAGCGUAGCUGUAAAAUUAUAUAGUGUAUUCUUCAAGUUCCUCUUGAAGCAGCGUUUGCAAAGCUGGAUUCAAGACCCUAUUGACGAAUCCUCCAAUCCUUACGGUGUCACGACCCGACCCGAAGAAUCCGUUUCCGCUCCCAAUCCUUGUUUCACCGACGGUGUCGCCACUAAAGACAUCCACAUUGACCCGUUUACUGCCCUCUGUAUUCGGAUCUUCCUCCCAGAAUCGUCUCUUUCCCCUCCCGAACAAUCCCACCCCAAAUCCCACCUCAGAUCCUCCCUAUUAGACCCCAAUUCCAUUAACCACCGGAGGAACAGCUAUGCUCCUUCUGAUACCGGAACCCCGAGACAUGAUUCGAGAAGAAGCAGUCUUGAUGGGUUAAAUUCAAGAUCCGACAAUAAUGUUUAUCGAGGUUAUUCACCACAACCUCAAAAAUGUCGAAAAUUGCCGAUAAUGUUACAGUUUCACGGCGGGGGUUGGGUUAGUGGGAGCAAUGAGUCGGUCGCCAACGAUUUCUUUUGUCGGAGGAUAGCGAAAUUGUGUGAUGUUAUAGUUGUGGCCGUUGGUUAUAGGUUGGCGCCGGAGAAUAAGUAUCCGGCGGCUUUUGACGAUGGAUUGAAGGUCUUGAAUUGGUUAGGGAAGCAAGCGAAUUUAGCCGAGUGUUGUAAGUCAAUGGGGAGUGGGGCUCGUGGGGUUGGAGCAGAGUUUACCAAGGCCGAAGUUCAAAGACAUAUUGUGGAUGCAUUUGGGGCUUCCAUGGUUGAGCCAUGGUUGGCAGCUCAUGGUGAUCCAUCAAGAUGUGUUCUACUUGGGGUGAGUUGUGGAGCAAACAUUGCGGAUUACGUGGCUUGCAAAGCUAUCGAAGCUGGCAAGCGUCUGGAUCCUGUCAAGGUUGUAGCACAGGUUCUAAUGUAUCCAUUCUUCAUUGGAAGUAUUCCAACAAAGUCAGAAACAAGGUUGGCAAACUCCUACUUUUACGACAUGCCAAUGUGCUUACUUGCAUGGAAACUCUUUCUUCCCGCGGAAAAGUUCAGCCUUGACCACCCGGCUGGCAAUCCCCUCAUCCUAGACAGGUCUUUGAAGCGCAUGCCCCCGACACUGACAAUCGUAGCAGAACAUGACUGGAUGAGAGAUCGGGCCAUUGCAUACUCAGAGGCACUUCGGAAUGUAAAUGUCGAUGCACCUGUUCUCGAAUAUAAGGAUGCGGUUCACGAAUUUGCAACCCUUGACAUGCUUCUAAAGACUCCUCAAGCUCAAGCAUGUGCUGAGGACAUUGCCAUCUGGGUAAAGAAGUACAUCUCAUUUCGAGGUAAUGAGUUAUCUUAUUAAGUGGGAGGUUUCAAAUGUAGAAAAAGAAUUGCAGCAGUGCAUCUUUUUCUGUUAUUCGAUCAACAAAGAGAAUGAGAACUCUUAUUAAGUGGGAGGUUAAAAUCCAGAAAAAGAUUUGCAGCAGUGCAUCAUUUUCUGUUAUUCGAUCGACAAAAGAUAAUGAGAUGAUGCAGGGUUGCCGUAAACAGGAUCGGGAUAAUCAUAUCCCAUUUAUUCACUUAUUGGUAAUUUAUCAUUCUAACUCGUACCUCGGUUUUCGGGUUUCCCCCAUAUCCUGUUGUGCUUGUGAAGAUGAGAUUACUCCUCUUGACUGCUGAUGUAACAAUUUUUUUUUUCUUUCCAACUGUGAAUUAAAAUGUAUCAUUUCUCGUGAAUAGAGAGUUUUGUUAUGUAUUUACAGUAAUAGCAAUGGCAACUUAACCAUCAAAGCUUGUGGCAAUAUAAACCUUUGAAAUGCUUGUCUUAUAGAA